AUGCUGUUCUUUUUAGUUUUCCGUGCUGAAGACCUCCAAGCGAAGGAUCUCGGUGGCAAAAGCGAUCCUUUUGCUGUACUAGAGUUGGUAAACACGCGGUUACAAACGCACACUGAGUACAAGACACUCAAUCCACAAUGGAAUAAAUUGUUCACAUUCGCUGUGAAAGAUAUCCAUACCUGCUUGGAAGUGACAGUCUAUGAUGAAGAUCCUAACAAUAAAUUUGAAUUCCUUGGGAAAGUUGUUAUUCCACUGAUGUCGAUCAAAAAUUGUGAACGGCGGUGGUAUGCUCUAAAGGACAAGAAGCUAAAUACCCGAGUUAAAGGCGAAAUUUUGCUCGAACUCGAUGUCAUAUGGAAUCCAGUUCGAGCAGCUAUUCGCACAUUCAAUCCACGUGAGCGAAAAUUCAUCGAAGUGGAGAAGAAGUUUAAGGCCAGCUUGUUCCGAAACACUGUAUUGGAAUUGAAAGAAUUUGGAUUGACUAUUGUAGAUUACAAAAACUACAUUGAGAGUUGCUUCGAUUGGCAUUCAACGACCAGAUCAAUAACUGCUUUUGCGGUAAGUCAGAGUCAUUUUUUUUCAUUAUUGAAAUCUAUCUUUCGUCCCCUCCCCCACCCCUCUUUCCAUUCUUAUCAACCAGUCAUCUGGGCUGGAAUGUAUCAAUCUCCCUGUCGGAGAUCGGGUGCGCUUUUACAAUAGAA